AUGUGUUCCUUACUACCUACUGAAGUUGUUGAAUAUUUUAGCUCUGAUUCUGUUAGUACUGUUGAUCAAGGCAACACCUCAUUCCAAGAGUUGUAUACAACAGAAUUCUUGAACACAAUAAAAUGCUCUGGCUUACCUCCACAUAGACUUGCCUUGAAAGUAGGAGUUCCUAUAAUGCUCAUGAGAAAUAUAGAUCAGGCUGCAGGACUCUGUAAUGGCACAAGACUGAGGAUCACAUUUCUUGGUAAACACUUUAUUAAAGCAAUCGCUCUCAAUGGCACAAGUCAAGGUCAAGAAGUUUUGAUCCAUCGAAUGGAUAUGAAUCCAUCAGAAUCUAAACUACCAUUCACAUUGAUAAGAAGGCAAUUUCCCAUCAUCCUAUCAUUUGCUAUGACAAUCAACAAGAGUCAAGGACAAUCAAUGACCAAUGUUGGCCUAUACCUUCCUAGACCUGUCUUCACACAUGGCCAGUUAUAUGUUGCUCUGUCAAGAGUUAGAUCUAUGGAUGGCAUCAAAAUUCUAAUACUUGAUUCAGAGAAAAAGCCAACCAACAAGACGAUGAAUGUGGUCUAUAGAGAAAUAUUUCAAAACAUUGUGUGA